UCCCCCUCCGCCGCCUCCCUCUCCCGCCUCGGCAUCCGCAAGGGCGACGUCGUCCUCAUCUUCUCCCCAAACUCCCUCCUCUUCCCGAUCUCCUUCCUCUCCAUUGUCUCCCUCGGAGCCAUCGCCACCACCGUCAACCCUCACUACACCGUCCCCGAGCUCAAGCAACAGGCCCUCGACUCCGGCACCAAGCUCGUCCUCACCGUCCCCGACCUCCUCCCCAAAGCCAUGUACGCUGUGCCCCCUGUGAUGACCGCGCUGGCGAAGCAGGGGAAGCCGACCGGGUAUGAUUUGAGCUCUUUGAGGAGGAUUGCUGCGGGGGCGGCUCCUUUGGGCAAGGACGUGAUGGAGGAGGUCUCCGAGAUUUUUCCUCGUGCCGAUAUUAUCCAGGGAUAUGCUUUGACAGAGUCGUGCGGUGUGAUGUCACUUGAGCUUCCUAAAGGAGCGCCUCGCCAAUUUGGUUCUGCAGGUCACCUCAUCUCAGGAGUUGAAGGCAAGGUUGUUAGUGUAGAUACACUCAAGUCUCUUCCACCUAAUCAACUUGGUGAGCUUUGCUUCCGUGGACCAAACAUUAUGCGAGGGUAUUUCAACAAUCCGCAAGCCACUGAGUUGACUAUAGAUAAGGAAGGGUGGUUACACACAGGUGAUCUCGGGUACUUUAAUGAAGAGGGACAGGUUUUUAUCGUGGACCGCAUAAAAGAAUUGAUUAAGUACAAAGGUUUUCAGGUAGCUCCAAAGAUGAACUUCGGUUUCUUACUUUCUUAUCCUAAAAUAUUAGAUGCUGCAGUCAUCCCGUUUCCUGAUGCUGAAGCUGGUGAAGUUCCCAUUGCCUUUGUGGUUCGAUCUCAUAACUGUUCACUAACAGAAUUUGAUGUCCAAAAGUUUAUAGCAAAUCAGGUUGCACCCUUCAAGAGGCUAAGGAGGGUAACUUUUGUGAACAGUAUCCCAAAAUCUGCUUCCGGAAAAAUCCUCAGAAGGGAACUCAGAGAGAGGGUAAAGUCCAAGUUGUAGAAAUCGAGCACUACCCUGAAAAGAGCUGUAGCAGGUUUCAAGUUGUUCAAUAACAGAAAGGCUCUCGCAGAGUCUGUUCUCUCGUAAAUGGUGUAUCAAUUUCAUCCCACCUCAAUGUCACUUUGAUGAAGCCUAAGACUAAUAAGAAAUAAUCUACAACUCUGUUUGCAAUUAUAUUUUUAUACAAGAAAAAUAUGCAGAAUA